CCUCCUUCUCGGCUAUAUCCCGCGUGUUCCGCUUGCGUCCUCCUCCUGUCGUCGCUUCACGCACACUCCCCACCACUUAUCCGUAAUGCCAUACCACUCAAAUGCAGGUGGAGGCGUUUCCGUCUCCACAGCAAAUCACCUGCCACCGCGUUCAGCUCUACCCACAUUCAAAUCUCUCCAGCGUGGAAGGAAUGCGGCGGGUAGAAACACCGGUGGUCCCCAUAUUACUGUCAUCACAAGGGAUAAUAUUAGGACCCUCAGACCCCAUCCGGAUGAUAUGAAAGUCGAUCUCGGGCCCCAGGGGCAGGUCGGCUAUAGGGAGGCCGUUGUCGUUGGGAGGCACGAGUUGGAUAGGCUUGAGCGCUAUACAACAGGCUCCACACAAGCAGACCUCGCCGCACAAGCUGCCUCGCAACAACAGCACCGGAUCCUCGCUGCUGAAGCGUCCAAGCAACGCAAGGCCAAAAUGGAAGCAUACGACCACACACGCACGUCAAACGCCAAACUGUCUGAAUUGGAAGCGGAGGCCAAAGCACGCGCGAACCAUUUAUUGGCCAAGGCACAGUUACAGAUUGAGGAACAGGAGGAUGAGAUUAAGCAUAUGAAUGAGUUGAUGCUUUAUGCAAAGUGUGUCGCGAUUAGGGAUCGGCAGGUCGAUGAGAAGCAAAUCAUCAAAAACGAGCGAAAAGCCGAGGAAGCCCGAAUGGACGCGAUGAUGGAGGCUGUGCGUGUUGAUGAGCUGCGAAAACUGGAGGAAAGGGAGGUCAAGCGGAUUCAGGAGAUGCGCAAGGGCGCCGCAACCAUCCGGUCCCAAAUCACCGAACGCGCCGAAGCAGCCCUCCUCGAAACCGAGCGUCGCGAGCAGGAGACGAAAUCCAUCCUCGCGGCCAUGGCGGCCCGGACCCUACAAGAUUCUGUGGAAAAAGCAGCCAAAAUGGAACACCAAAAACAGAUGCGCUUACAGGUGGUGCAGGCUAACCAGGAGAGCCUGGAGCGCAAGAAGGAGGAGAAGCGCAAGGAGGAGGAGGAGGAUCGGAAGGUACUUGAAUACAUUAUCGAAAAGGAGGAGCGGGAGAAGGAGAAUGAUCGACUCGCGAGGGAAAAGAAGGCGGAGAGGGAGAAGGAGUUGGCGAGGUUGAGGGCGGCGCAGGAGAAGAUGUCUGACAAGCAAGCCGCCCAGGACGCCCUCCGCGCGCGCCGCGCCGCCGAAGCCUACGAGCGCGACUACCGCUCCAAAAUCCUCCUAGAAACGCAGCGCCAACAACUUGCCGAACAAGCCCUCCGCGAAUCCCGCGCGACCCAGCAGGCGGCGCGUCACCAUGCGAUUGCAGUCGAGGCGCAUAAGAUGAGAGAGGAGUUUGAGGAGAAUUUGAGUAGGCAGAAGGAGGCAGAGGAGAAGGUCAGAGUGGCGGAGGUGGAGAGGGGGAAGAGGAAUAGGGGUUAUGCGCUGGGGCUGAAGGCUCAGAUUGAUGAGAAAGAGCAACUCCGCCGAAAGCAGCGCGAGGAGUUUUUCAUGGAAGGCAUCCGGCUCGCCAAGGAGCGCGCGGAGAAGGCAAGGAAAAUUGAGGCGAUCAAGAUGCGGAAACUGCAGGAACUUGAAGCCAUUGGCGUCCCCGAAAAAUACUGCAAAGAAGUCGACCGCAAAGUGCAUGCGCCUGUCGACAAGAACAUGUUUAGUAACGCUCGCAAAUAAGCUCGAACUCUAUGGUUUGCGCUUGGCCUGUGGGCAACGGACAUAUCAUGUUUUCUUUGUUGGGAGUCCCUCUUUGGUACCAUCCCACUUGCUUCGUAUUGUAAUUGCGCAUCUGGUGUCCACAUCAUCCUCGCAUAUGGGAUUAUCGUAAGAAUGUUCACAGCGGGGAGUGUGUUCGCUAGAAUACAGUACAACAAUGAACGAUGAUAGGU